GAACCAUAUUAUUCUUCCCAAACAUCUCACGCACCUUUCCUUGGGCCAAUUCUGCGAAGUUCUCUCAGCAGCGGUCGAGCCUAUUUCAAGCAGCCCUUCCUCCCCAUCUCUCGACGAUCGACACUUGUUCACUAUCCGAGUCUCUAAUCCUACAUUCCAAGUCCUCGAGUCAAUCACCGACAAGGUCCAGCAACUCUCAAAAACCUCACGCUCAAUCACUUACGUCUUGUAGCGCACUCCGUGUAGCACAAUAACGAUUCGAUUCACAUCAUCGUCAGGCCAGGUGUAUUGAAGCAAUCCACCGGCUUUCUCUCUCAGAUCUCCUCGCACAAGACAUUGUCUGGAUCGAGUACACGGCUCACAGCAUCCAAGCAUCCACAGGAACAAGAUGACGCAGCCUUCAGCAGGAACGCAAGGACUGCUAAUGCGCCAGUUCAAGGAGAUGCAAAAGACAAAGGAUCUGCCAGGUAUCUCAUGUGGAUUGCUCAACGACAACCCUUUUGAGUGGGAGGUAAUGCUCAUGAUCAGCGACGAUUGUAAAUACUACGGCGGUAAGUCUUCUUUUCUAUCCCCUCCUCCUUUGUGAUUUACGUUGCUAAUAAGAACCCACAGGAGGAAACUUCACCUGCCACCUCUCCUUCCCCCCAACCUACCCUCUCAACCCACCAACUCUUACCUUCAAAGAACACAUCCCCUUUCACCCCAACAUCUACCCCGAUGGUCGUCUCUGCAUCUCCAUUCUUCACCAACCAGGCGACGACCAAUACGGUUACGAGCAUGCAUCCGAGCGAUGGAACCCCACGCAAACUCCCGAGACAAUCCUACUCAGCACCAUCAGUUUGUUACACAGUCCCAAUGAUGAGAGUCCCGCAAACGUAGAGGCUGCGAAGUUGUGGCGCGCUGAGAAGGAUGGAGAUAAGGAAUUCAAGAGACGUUGCAGGAAGGUUGUUAGGGAGAGUUUGGGCGAGGACUAGAUAUUGGUGGAACUUAUGGAAGAAUGGUAGGAAAUGUUAGCAUCUUACUGCGAGCAAGCGGUUGGAUUGGAGUUUUGAUCGUUGGCGUAUCGUACUUGUCGUACUUGGGCUAUCAUUGGGAUUGAUUGCAUGGCGAUUACGGAGUUUAGCCGUCACUGCAUAUGGGCGGAUCACUUUUGUUG